AUGUAUGAGUUGGACAUAGCAGCACGAAAGUUUUCAAAGGAGAGAAAGAAGGGCAAGGGGAAAGUGGCUGAAGCAUCAUCCUCUAAUGCUGAUUUGGAGUCCACUUUGAAAGGCUUCGAAGAAGGAAUUCUGAAUUCUUUGGCAAUAGGGUUUGUUGGAUUCAAGGUUCAAGUGGAUACAAAACUUGAGGCCAUGGACACUAGGCUGAGUGGAAUGGAAAAGACCCAGCGAUACCUGAAGAGAAAAGUAAGGAAGAUUGAUAAGCGGUUAACUUCUCUUGAGUCUAAGGGAAAUGAAGAUGGUGAGUACUAUGGAGGGUCAAUGAAUUAUGAUAGACCAGAGAAAACAAGAGAGAAAGGAGCUGAGGAAAAAGCUGAGGAUGAUGGAGAUAAGGAGAACAGUGAGAAAGUUGCUGGAGAUUUUGAGGAAGAGGCUGAGGAUGAUGAUAUUGAGCAAGAGGCUGAGAGGAGGAGAGUAGAGGCGGAUGAAGCGUGGAGGAGACUUCCUUCUGAAUCUGAUGAAGAUGUGGAAGAAGCUAGAGAUUCUGAGGAAGUGUCUGAAGAAAGUCCUAACACUCCACAUGUGGAAAAAAAGAAAGAGGCUGAGAAAGGGUCCGAGGAAAGUCUUAAAACUCCACGUGGUAGGACUAAGGCAGCAGCUGCAAAGAAAUAUAAAUCUAUACCAUUGCUGGAGUGGAUACACUCUCAGUUUGUUGAGACUGCGACUGAGCAAGUGGAGGAAGCUGUGGAUGCUGAAAAAAUAGUGGAGGAAGCUAAAAAUCCCACCGAGGAAGAGGCAGAGCAAACUGAGCCUGAAAAAAAAGCUGCGGAUGCUGAAACAAUGGUGGAGGAAGCUGAAAAUCCCACCGAAAAAGAGGCAGAGCAAACUGAGCCUGAAAAAAAACUGCGGAUGCUGAAAUAA